AUCUUUGCUCACGAUCAAUUCAACAUUGGCCGAAAGCUGGUGGAACAAUGCUUAGAUGUAGAAGACCGCUGCAUUUCCAAACAUCACCUCGCAAUACACUGUGUCCAGUACGCCGACGACGAUGAUCACAACGUCGAUCCCAUGGUCUGGGCACGCGUCUUGUCCAACAAUGCCAUCAUCUUUCGCCGAAAAGGCAUUGAUAACGACAAAGAUGCUGGAAUUCUGGUAAACAAAUUCCAUGGCGACUUUUUGCUCAGCCCAGGCGACAGCAUGCAAUUGACCAGCAAAAUUCAAAUUCUCUUUACUGUGCCUGAACGAGGCAAACCCAACUCAUCGGCUCUAGAUGCGAGCCAGAGAGCAGAAUGCAAGAUCUUCGCGCCUCGCUAUCGACUCUCACAGCGUGUCCUCGGCUUCGGUGGGUAUGCAAAAGUGUACGUUGCUAACGAUGAGAAAACUGGCAAGCAGCUAGCAUGCAAGGUCGUCAAGCAGGCCAGACCCAGGCACGACGACGACAACCAAAUGCGGCCUUCGAAGAAGAGAAGCACAGAAAUCGUGGCCAGGGAGUUCAACGUCUUGAAGAAGCUUUCUCACCCCAAUAUCAUCCAACUCGAGGCCGUGGUUUCUACGCCAUACAACGUCUACAUCUUCCAGGACCUCAUCUCCGGUGGCGAUUUAAUGUCACAUGUGGAAAAGACAGGAUGUCUCCAAGAGCCGCAAGCUGCCGUCAUUAUUCGACAGUUGCUGGAGGCUGUGAAGUAUCUUCAUGCGCACCAGAUCGCACACAGAGAUAUCAAGCCAGAAAACAUCCUCAUGACGAGCUGGAAGGAGGGGGGCAGGAUCGUGCUCACAGACUUCGGACAGUCGAGAACUAUCGAAGACCUGGAGGUUGUCGCUGCAAAGGCAGGAGCAUUCCGGAUGCAGACUAUGGUCGGCACCUGUGGCUACGUUGCACCGUAUGUUCGCGUCUAUCAGAUGGAAAUAUCGCGAAAGUUCACCACGGGCGGCCGCGGCUAUUCACAAGCAGUGGACAUCUGGUCGGUCGGGUGUGUGACAUGCGCCAUAUUAGUAGACGAUUUCUUGUUUCCGGCCGAGCGCGACCUCAGCAACGGGUUGUCUAUGGAGAUGUACAACCAAUGCAUGAGGAAGAUCCGUUCCGGCAAAGAAUGGGCGAACAUCCAUCGCCGAGCCAAGGACUUCAUCAAAGGUUGUUUGGUGCUCGACGAGCACGACAGGCUCACAGCCACGGAAGCCCUUGCAAGCGAGUGGUUCACACAUCCACACUAUCGCGUCGAAAUGGACGCUGCAUAUGAGCGAGCCAUUGCGGACUGGAAACCAAAGAAAUACGACGAGGACAAGUUCAACGAGCACAUCGACACCACUCUGAUUGUAGAGAAGGCUCAAGCGGUCCGAUCUCGUCACUUUGAGACUGCAACUCUUGACCAGGACAGUCGUGAGCACACGAAGCAGCUUCAUGCAAGUCCACUUGCUCCAAACACAUCAUGGCAACGUUGCGGAGCAUCGGAUGUCCAGUCUACCUUCAUACCUGACCCUCCACCGCACGACAAUGAUGAGUUUGGAGAUGAUUCGUUCCAACACCUGAGUCCGGAAGACUGCGAUGGCCUGGACGCAGUUCCGCCGAAGAAACUCAGGAAGAACAUUCCCGACAGCUUCGACUUCUCUUCGUUCCCGGCACCACCACCGUUGCCACCUCGCAAGAAGCUUUGUCGUUGA